AUGUAUCUUCCGAGCGAGGUGCAUUUGAAGGAGCCUUUGAAGUUGCAAAACUCAGAUGCGACAGCCUUGCUGAACUUCUGGUAUGCUUGCCAGGAGAAAGGUAGAGAUCCGAUGUUCCUGUUCAAAGCAUGGAGGAACAAAGAUGGUGACAUGGUGAAACCAGUCUUGACCAGGGGAUCAGAUGAGUCUCAAGAUUUCAUCCCUCAUCGGGGCAUCAUGAUCAGGAGGCUGCAGGAUUCAUUGACUGAAUCUGAGAUCGAUGGUUGGCUGCACCAUGCCCUCACUGCCAAUUCUCACAGGCUCUUCAAAGACAAUCAAGUGUCAUCAGGGGAUGAUGAUCUGAAGGGUGAUGACUCUGACAUGGAUGUGGAUGAUGCUAGAACUGUGCAGCAGGUGGCUCGAGUAGCACCAGGACCGCUGUCAGCUCAGAACAUCAGGCAAGGAGUGCAACACCUGCUUCCGAAGCUUGCCCGAUGGGAGAUCUCCUGGCUGGGUCAACUUGUGCAAACCAAGGAGUUGACCAUAAAGACGAAGCUGUGA